UUAUUAUUUUUAUGUAGUCAGACUGUACUUUAAAGCUCAGCUCUAUGAAGAAAAUUCCCUUGAGUUUCAUAGUGUUGUGAAAACCUCUCCCAGUAGCUCAGAACACUCUGUGGUGGCCACAUGUUAAAAGGGUGCUGUCAGACAUUGAGGCCUGCCAGUUCUGGGGACAAGUGGAGCCCACAAGGCUGGGGAGCCUCAGCUAAGAACAACUUCCUCUAGUGCUCCUGGGGAGCCCCAGUGCACCAGGGAUGUGAUAAUGUGUCCUCUGGCAGAAGCCAUAUCUGGCUCUUCUAGUUGGUGCUGAGUGUGGCCAGUGAGGUGCCUUACUCUCUGGCCAGCUACUUCAGCCCAGUGCUGCAGGGCACACAGCACUGACAAGGAGGCUGAAGAAGGCAUGGGAGGAGUUCACUUUGCAGGAGUCCAAGAAGCUCUGCAGCAGUCUAAAGUUGGGGCUGGAGUCACAGAUCCACUUCUCCCUUCCUAAUCUCUAUAUUCACAUAUGCAUACGCUUUAUCCCUUUUGUGGUUGCUAUCUCUUUUGCAACAGAAUCCAAUCCAGCUGCUGGCUUGCUUUCACAACGCAUGUUCAUUCUGUAAACCAAAGCUUCAGCAUAUCGCUAUGACUAAGUCUGACCGUAUUUGAAACCAUUGGCAUUAUCAUGAGAAAAUUCAACACGACAUUGUCUUGGACAGAAAAAAUGAUUGCUUCAUUUCUUUAAAUAUAAUUUCCUGUGAUGGUUACAUUUUGAAUGGUUGUAAAAAAGUGUUUUUACACUUUGAUAGCUCACUUAUUUUGUUUUGUCCAUAGUGACUAUCUAGAGCUCAACUUUUUCAUAAAAAUAGGAAGAUUUUAAGAGGAACUUUAUGCACAUUUAAUAUUUAAAUCACUUCUAAUAUCUUUCUAUUUUAUUUUUAACAUAUAUGCUCUGAAAAGAAAACACAGUUAAAUGUUUUACCAAGCUUAAGGGAGUCUUAUCAUUUUUCUGUGACAUAAUUGAAAAUGAAACAUCUUUCAUUAGGGAUUUGCAGCGAUUCCCGUGUGUGCCAGGUUCUCCACAGAGCUUCCAAAACUGAGCACGAGGCCUUUUCUGACUGUGUGGCAUGGAGAUCACUCAGCCUCAAAGAACUCAGUCCCUUCUUUCAACUGUAAAAUACUACAAUAACGUUUCACACGGUCCCAUUUAAUGUUUACACUCGACUACGCCCUAGACUGGAAAAGAGAUCCGCAGACGCGUUUAUUCCUUCAAGUUCACCCUCCGUGCCAAUUGCCUGGGACAAAGCAGUCGCCCAGGUGUCUUCCUCCAAUGUUUUUUCUAGUAAGACUUCAAGGCCUUCCUUCUUCUAGCCUGCGCGGCGAGCCAAGGGGCUGGUCUGAAGUAGCCUCCCAUCCCGAUUCAACACAUUUUUCCCUUUCCCCUGGGCGACUUGGACACGCACCGCGCCUCGGUUCCCAGGCUUCGCUGGGGAAGCCGGCGUGUCAAGCUGGGAGCCGUGAUCGCGGGGGGUGGACUCCGGGCCAUCUCCUCGCGCCUCCUCUGCAGGAGGACCACCCUCCUGCUCCUGGGCCACCCCCCGCUCGCCCUCCAGGUUCUGCGCCCCUGGGCGUCCCGACUGUGGCGGACACCUGCCGGGCGUCCCAGCCAAGGAGCAGGGAGCUGCGUGCGACACCUGGGGCAGUCGUCAGGAGCCGCUGCCAGCCCGCCCCUCCCCCAGCCUCCGCUGGGGGUGUUUAUCUUCGCCUCUGUUGCUCUUUCUCUUUCACUUUUCUUUUCGCUAGGGGUUGGGACUCCCCGGGUUCAGGGCGCCCGGGGGAACCCCAGCUGACUCGCUCGCUGCCGCCUAUAGAAAAGCCGAGGCCCGGCAAAGGAGCCCGGCUGCGCUGCCUGCCGCCCCCGAUUCUGCAGCCCGGAGUCCAUGGAGGUACAGAGCUCGGCUUCUCCGCUUUGAGAGGGGAGGUGGUGGUGGUUGAAAGGGCGAUGGAAUUUUCCCCCAAAGACUUCGUAUCGGGCGCCUCCCAGCUCCGGCCGGAUCCACCCCUUUCCCCCGACCAGCUGCCGGUCCGGCCGCCCUGCCCUCUUAUGGGAAACACUUGCCAGCGACUUCAGUUUUCGGUUGCGCUAGCUGCAGAGGAUUUUUCCCUUCCGACCCUUUAUUCCUCUCGUGGGCUCUCCUCGCUAUCCUCUGCUUCCAGAGGAGCACAGAUUGCUCGUCCACCUGCCGGUCCCGCGCGGCUCCCCCGUGCGCUCCGCUCUUUUGCUGUCGCUGGUUGCGGGCGAGCGGGCAGGGGCGGGGGCAGGCGGAGAGCGAGGAACCUGCGCAUGGCUGCCCCCGCCGAGCUGCCGUUUCGGAAAAGACUCUGUCUGGCAGCAUAGAGCGCUGAGUUCUGCACCUGAUCGAGCUCAGAAAGGUCAAGAAGAAUCCAUUCUCACAUAUGGCCAUCUGGCUCUUUGAAGCAAUGUCCCAUCAUGUGCCAUGCUGAUGAUGUCACAGGAAGCAAAGAAGUCAGUGUUAGCAUAUAGCCAGCCUACAGGAGGUCGUAAACCCUAUCUGAGAAGUACUUCCAUCCACUGCUACUUGUGUUUACUUCUGAACAGUCAUUUUUUAACUGAGGCUGGCAUUCAUGUCUUCAUUUUGGGCUGUAUCAGUGCAGGUCUUCCUAAAACAGAGGCAAACUGGCAGGAUGUAAUAAGUGAUUUGAAAAGAAUUGAAGAUCUUAUUCAAUCUAUACAUAUUGAUGCCACUUUAUAUACUGAAAGCGAUGCUCAUCCCAAUUGCAAAGUAACAGCGAUGAAGUGCUUUCUCCUGGAGUUACAUGUUAUUUUGCAUGAGUCCAGAAACGAGGACAUUAAGGAAACAGUAGGAAACCUUAUCAUCCUAGCAAACAGCAGUUUAUCUUCUAAUGGGAAUGUUACAGAAUCUGGAUGCAAAGAAUGUGAGGAACUGGAGGAAAAAAAUAUUAAAGAAUUUUUGCAGAGUUUUGUACAUAUCGUGCAAAUGUUCAUCAACCUUCCUUGAUCACAAUCGAUCCUCUUCAGCAAUUCUGUUAUUAAUAAACAUCUUCCCACUGCUUAGAGGCAAUGAAACGCUGUGCAUUUCAAAUGUGCUGCCAAAACAAGUUUUUUUAGCAAGAUGAUCAGGAUCUUGGAUCAGAUGAACUCUUAGAAAUGAAGAGUCAAAACUGUCACCGAGUAACGUGGUGUCUACGAACUGUCCUCAGACUGAUUUUACUCAUUUAUUUUUAAUUUAUUAUUGAAAUUGUACAUAUUUCUAACAUAAUAUAAAAUGUUGAAUAAAAUUGUGUACAUAUUUUGUCCUUUGAAAUCGCACUGAUAUUUUAUCUCUUGAAAGAAAAUAGACAACAUUUGUUCAAGGGUGAGAGUCAAAUGUCUUAAUGACUGGUGGGGCUGGGUACCACUGCUGCAGGUGAACAGAUGCUCCAGCCAGCGUGGAACCCCUGACUACCAGGCCGCAUUUCCUUCACCAUUAGGUGUAGACUCAUGGGAAAAACUAACUACCGAGGAAAAAGGAGGACUACGUAUGACCCUGCGCUUUACUCUGUCAUUUAGUUAUUGAUAUAUAAAGCACGUGUUAUGAAAGAAGGAAAUUGCAAGUACCUAGUGUGUAAUGUGCCUCAGUAAGUCUUUGGUGGCGGCAACAGUAAACCUGCACUGAGAGGUAGAAUUGUGUACAGAAAACUAAUGGUUGCAAUGAGUUUAUAUUUCAUGCUUUCUCAAAUACAGGUAUUUUAUUUUUCACAUUCUUUUUUACUAUAUUUGUAGAAUUAAAAAAAAACUGCCGAUUUGCUAGAGCCAACAUUAUCUGAGAGAAAAUAAUUGUUUAUAUAUAUUUUACAAUAUGCUGUCCAAAAUUUGCAAUCUUUCUUCUAAUGGAACUAUGACUAAACUGAACUAUUCUUGUCUCGUUACAAAUUUAUUUCAUCCACUUCACUUCUGACAGUCUCCACUGAGGGACCAUAGGGCAGGAAUUGAUCUCCUGAGAAUUAGAUUUCUCUCCAUUGCACAGUACAAACUGGUCCUCUGUUGAAACAUUCUUUGAUCACCCCAUCCGUGCUCAUAUAUCUCAUUGCUCUAGUCAAUAUACGAUUAAAACUUUCUUUCAAGAUAGUUUUGGAGAAAUCUGUAUCCUAUUUGACUUUCAAAGAGUCAUGCAUUGCCUCUCAUUUUGUUCCCUAAUCUCCGUCCAAACAAACAGUAUUAGGCAGCCACAGUUUAAAGUUUAGGGUUUGGGAUUGGGGCAGAUUUUGUUUUUUUUUUAUUUCAUCUGAGAUGGGAGUUUUUUCCAAUCCAGCUUCUAUUUUUAUAUUUAUUUUUUUCUUAGCUUUUCUAUUAAUGGAGAAUAGGAAAAAUGCACCGUUUUUCACUGUGAGUUUCCAAUCCAAUCCUUAGACAAAAGUUGGCCCCUCUUCCAAUGGUGGUUGGGAUGGGGGAAGGAAAAUCAUGAUGGCAGUCACAUUACCAGUAAUAUUUUAUAGUGACCAAUAAUCCAUCCUGGUUAUAUAAGCACACAAGUGGGCUUAAAAUUUGGCAUUUUCCAGUGCUCAAAAUCAGAAUUCCUCCCACGCUAGUUACUUAAUAUGGAUCGCUUCAAUAGAUCUUAAGAAACUCAAGGCAUAGAUCUACAACUCCUUAAAACACUCUUAGCUAACUUACAAAGCAAUCACGUAAAACAAUAUAAAUUUUAUUUUUCAUGCUUAUAUACUUAACAAAACUAAUCUUUCUUUUGAGUUUCAAAAUCUGCCCUUCCUGAACUGUCUUCCUUAAUUAGCCAGCCCAAUGUCAUUUGCCUAGACUAAGAUACCGGUUUUAUGUCUCACUUACUGCCCUAAAUGCUGGAAGUAUUGACAUACCUCACAUAUAAUAAAGAAAGCACAAAUCCAUAGAUUUAGAACCUCCAAGAGUAAAGGCGAGCCUAGUAAAAAUCAGGUUUACCAUCCAAAGUCAUGUUGAUGGAUUAUAUUCUUAUCUUUCUUAAUUUCAGAUAAAGAAAAAGAUAUAUGAAAGAAUAUUAUUUCUAACUUCUCCCUGGCAGUAAACAAAAGGAGCUAGAAGGCAGAGGACGUGGAAAUGCAAACAGAACCAAUACAUAAUUUGUGAGCCCAGAGAUUUUUAAAACCCAGUCACAAGUCUGGUUUUAUAUACUCUCAUUCUUUAUCUUAGAACCGAGAAUCGAUGGAAUUAUUUUGUUUUGCUGCUGUUGUUGUGAGAGGAGCUUAUGUGUUUCAAUGUGUUACUGUUUAUGGCUGUCAAAUUCAAGGGCUCAUAAGGUCAAAUCGACACAUACAAUAUGAAAAUCAAGUAAUGUGAUUGAUUCCUCUCUUACCCCCACACAGAAAUACUACAGCAUGCAUUUUUGUUCUUUCAUCUGUGCUUUAUCAGGCUUAGUGUAAGCUUCUUGCAUUCACAUGAGAGUCACGGUUAACUCAUGCAUGUCAUGUAUAAAUAUUUUGCCCAAAGGAAAUCCCAUUUCCAUAGAGAUUUGAUUCAGUGCUUCUGAGUGUGUCUGAUGACUGAAUUUUGUCUUUGCUAGGGAAUUUAUUAUUCAAGGUAAACUUUAGCUUCAUUGAAAAGUCCCCUAAUUGUAUAAUCUAUCUGUUGCAACAUAG